GUGUUGUGCGUGGUGGAACGUCAUGAGUUCGCGUCACUCCGAAACAGUUUCUCUUCGAACGCGCAGCCGAACGGUUGUGUUGUCUCCCCGUGAAUGUGUGCGUGCGUCUGUGUGCGUUUGCAUUUGUGUUGUGCGGUGUUGUGCGCCAAACGAUAAAACAGAAACCAGCUGGCUGUUUGUGGCUUUUGGCUCUGUCGACUGCCUGCAAUAAGUAUUAUUAACUGGCAACUGGCAGCGCGGCCUGAACAAGUUCUUACGAUCGCCAAAUCGAAUCCACACACAUAUUAAAUGUAACCCAUUUUGACGGCGGCGAUACGCGGCGGUUUUUUGUUUUGUUUUGUUGCGCUCUCCUCUAAUUUCUAUUGUGCGUUACGCUUCCCUCCUUCUUCCGCGUGUGUGUUUACUCCGGAACAUUGAUAGCCAAUUGGCUGCCAGAAAAAUAGAUCAAUAUUUUCGUGAUUUCAUUGUUAUUAUACAAAAAUAAUUCGAAUUGGCAAAGUCAGCAACAGCAGCAGCAGCAGAGAAAAAAGACAAGCCAUAAAGCAUAUUAAUUAAAAUUCGUGGCGAACAAGCAAACAAAACAAAACAAGCAAAAGGCUCUCUGAAUUCUUUUGCUGCUUCAGUGUCGUGUUCAUCGGCUUCUGCUUGAUCGCUGUCAUCCUCUUUGCGUUACCUGAAUAUUUCGUGCUCUCUCGCAGCCGGCAAAUUAAUUACGUUAUUCGGCUCUCUUUCCUUCGCUUCGCUCCCUCUCUUCAACGCACGUUCAAUAAAGAGACGCAAACAUGGCAAUGCAACGGGAAGCUGGUGUGCAGGACUUUGUGCUCCUCGACCAGGUCAACAUGGAAAAGUUCAUGGACAACUUGCGUAAGCGAUUCCAAGUUGGCUCCAUCUACACAUACAUCGGCGAGGUGUGCGUCUCCAUGAAUCCCUAUAGACAGAUGAACAUCUACGGACCGGAGACCAUACGCAAGUACAAGGGACGCGAACUGUUCGAGAAUGCGCCCCAUGUGUUUGCCAUCGCGGAUGCAGCAUACAGGGUGCUCAAGCAGCGCCACCAGGACACCUGCAUCCUCAUCUCUGGGGAGUCUGGAGCGGGCAAGACAGAAGCCUCCAAGAUCAUCAUGAAGUACAUUGCGGCGGUGACGAACACGCAGGGUCAGAAUGAGAUCGAACGCGUGAAGAAUGUGCUGAUUCAGAGCAAUGCGAUACUGGAGACAUUCGGCAAUGCGAAGACGAAUCGCAAUGAUAACUCGAGUCGCUUUGGCAAGUACAUGGACAUCGAGUUCGAUUACAAGGCGGAUCCCGUGGGCGGCAUCAUUACCAACUAUCUGCUGGAAAAGUCGCGUGUGGUGCAACAGCAACCGGGCGAGCGUAAUUUCCACAGUUUCUAUCAGCUGCUGCGAGGUGCUAACGACAACGAGUUGCGUCAAUAUGAUCUGCACAAGGAGACGUCCAAGUAUCAUUAUCUUAACCAAGGCAGCAUGGACAUACUCACCGAGAAGUCCGACUACAAAGGCACCUGCAAUGCCUUCAAAACACUCGGCUUCCAGGCUGACGAAGUGCAAACAAUUUGGCGCACAAUUGCCUCAAUUUUGCACCUGGGCAACGUUGAGUUCCAGACCAUUGAGGAUGAACUAGUGAUCAGCAACAAGACGCAUUUGCAGUCGGCGGCCAAGCUGCUGCAAGUCACAGAGACGGAACUGUCGGCAGCGUUGACCAAGCGCACAAUUGCCGCCGGUGGCAAUGUGAUGAAGAAGGAUCACGAUGCCACACAAGCGGAGUAUGGCAAAGAUGCCUUGGCCAAGGCGAUCUACGAUCGUUUGUUCACCUGGAUCAUUUCGCGCAUCAAUCGAGCAAUUCUCUUCCGCGGCAGCAAGACGCAAGCGAGAUUCAACUCGGUUAUUGGCGUGCUCGAUAUCUACGGUUUUGAGAUCUUUGAUUCGAACAGUUUUGAGCAAUUCUGCAUCAACUACUGCAACGAGAAACUGCAGCAGUUGUUCAUUGAACUUGUGUUGAAGCAAGAGCAGGAAGAAUAUCAGCGCGAGGGCAUCGAGUGGACCAACAUUGAUUACUUCAAUAACAAGAUCAUUUGCGAUCUGGUUGAGCAGCCGCACAAGGGCAUCAUUGCCAUCAUGGACGAGGCCUGCUUGAGCGUGGGCAACGUCACCGACGACACGCUCCUCGGGGCGAUGGACAAGAACCUGAACAAGCAUCCGCAUUACACGAGUCGCCAGCUGAAACCCACAGACAAGGAGCUGAAGCAUCGCGAGGAUUUCCGCAUCACACACUACGCUGGCGAUGUCAUCUACAACAUCAACGGAUUCAUCGAGAAGAACAAGGAUACGCUGUAUCAGGACUUUAAGCGUUUGCUGCACCACUCCAAGGAUGCCAACCUCAGCGAGAUGUGGCCCGAGGGUGCUCAGGACAUUAAGAAGACGACCAAACGUCCAUUGACAGCUGGCACACUCUUCCAGCGUUCCAUGGCCGAUCUCGUGGCCACGCUACUGAAGAAGGAACCCUUCUAUGUGCGCUGCAUCAAGCCCAACGAUAUCAAAAGCUCCACGGUCUUUGACGAGGAGCGUGUGCAGCAUCAGGUGCGCUAUCUGGGACUGCUGGAGAAUGUGCGCGUCCGUCGCGCCGGCUUCGUGCAUCGCCAGCGCUACGACAAGUUCCUGUUGCGCUACAAGAUGAUCUCGCAGUACACGUGGCCUAAUUUCCGGGCGGGCAGUGAUCGCGAUGGCGUGCGAGUGUUGAUCGAGGAGAAGGGCUUCGCCCAGGAUGUGAAGUAUGGACACACCAAGAUCUUUAUACGCUCGCCGCGCACGCUAUUCGCCUUGGAGCAGCAACGCAACGAGAUGAUCCCACAUAUUGUGACGUUGCUGCAGAAGCAGGUGCGUGGCUGGAUCGCACGUCGCAACUACAAGAAGAUGAAGGCCGCCGUGACCAUCAUGCGUGCCUACAAAACGUACAAGCUGCGCAGCUACGUCCAUGAGCUGGCCCAACGCUUCCGACAUGCGAAGCAGCAGCGGGAUUACGGUCGUAGCAUUCAGUGGCCAACGCCACCUUUGGCUGGUCGCAAGGCGGAGGCGAAGUUGCGUCGCUUGUUCGAUCACUGGCGUGCUUACAUGAUUCUUCGCAAGUAUCCGCGCAGCGAAUGGCCUCAGCUGCGACUGCAAAUCGUGGCAGCCACGGCGAUUGCCGGACGUCGUCCACACUGGGGACAACAGCGCAAGUGGCUGGGCGAUUACUUGGCCAACUCGCAGAACAACAGUGGCAACGAUGCCUACACGGCGAAUGUGGGAAAUCUGAAGAACAGCGGGGGAGGUGAAGCUUUCCGUCAGGUGCUCUUCUCCAGCUUCGUUAAGAAGUUCAACAAGAACAACAAGCAAGCGGAUCGCUCCUUCAUUGUCACCGACACUGGCAUUUACAAACUGGACGGCCUUAAGAAGAAGUUCAGGAACAUGGAUCGCAUCAUUCCCAUCAGGGAGUUGACUUCGAUUAGCAUUUCGCCUGGCCGGGAUCAGCUGAUUGUCUUCCACUCGCCCAAGAACAACGAUAUGGUCUAUGGACUCACCGGCGAGACAGUUCCGCUGCGCGAGGAUCGCAUUGGCGAAGUGGUGGGCAUAGUGUGCAAAAAGUACUACGACCUUACUGGCACCGAGUUGCGUGUGAAUGUCAGCAGCAAUAUUGCCUGUCGUCUGGGCGAAAAGCCACGCACCAUCGUCGUCGAGGCGGCGUCCAAUGUGGAGACGCCAAACUUCCGAUAUGCGUCCGGCAAUAUCAUCUUCGAGGUGCCUGCUUCGUACUGCGUCUAGAGCACAAAACCAAACGACCUUUGUAAAUUAUACAAACUAAUCCUAAGAGCCUUACACUUUUUCUGAUCCUCUACACUCUGUAUACUGUGCCUUGGCUAACACACACUUUGUAGACUUCGUAGUCUUCCUUUAUGCUCCCAUUAUGCAUGUUGUAUGUUUGCUUUCUAGCGCCUUUUAAUGUGUAGUUCUUAAACGAUUUGUAAAUUUUCUAUUAAUUUAUACCUGUAUUUGUGUAAACAUUAAGUUAAUACUUAUCAAGUUUAUGAGUUUGUUAUAAUGCUGGUUGAUCCGGUGCGAUUAAUUGAAAGGAAAACAAAAAGUAUUAAGUGUACUUUGUGCAUUUGUUAACUUUAACUCUUAAGCAAAUCUUCUUUAUGUUAAAUGAAAUGUAUUUAAUCAAAGAGCACACAACAAUUCACACUUUGUACUUAAUAAUAAUGAAAAGUGAGCUACAAUGAACGAAUGUCCACUGUACCACAUUGAGCGUGUGCCAUUUGCAAAUAUUUUUUUUAAAUCUUAAUGUUAAAUUACACUUAUUGUACUCUAUUUAUAUUUAUAAAUAAAAUGAUAUAAACAAA